AUGGCCAAUCAAGGGCAGCAGACAGAAAGAGACAUGUUGUCCUGUGGUAUCUGCGCGGGUUUGCUCAAGGAGCCUAAGACGCUUGCCUGCAUGCACAGAUUCUGUGAGAGAUGUCUCAAAGAUCACAUCAUAACCGUGACUGCGAAAGGUACAGGUUCCAGGCCAGGGUUUUCUUGUCCAGAAUGUAGAGAAUUCAUCCCGGCUCCAGGCAACUCUAGCAUCCCAUCAACCUGGGCUUCUCUGUUGAAGACAGACUUCGUCAUUCAAAGUUUAGUAGAAGUUCACCAGCUACAGCAAGAGGUCAGUGUUCCCACAGUCAGCCAUCCUUGCCCAAAGCACAGGGAUAAAGAACAAGAACUUUACUGCUUUGACUGUUUGGUAACUGUCUGUCAUCUGUGUGCAGUUAUAUCCCAUAGGGCAUGUCGCAAGAUAGGUACUGUUGCCGAAGCUGCACAACAGCGUCGAGCUACUUGGCAAGAAAACGCGCGGCAAAUAUCUGGUUUAAUAUUCGAAGCUAGAAAUAUUGAGAAAACACGAGACAGAAACAUGAAGGCAGUAGCUAACAAAAAAAGCUGUGUUGAAGUCGAAAUCAGACAGGCAGCGGAGAGAAUGCGCCAGGCUGUGACAGGCGAGGAAAAGAAACUCAUACAUGAGGUACAGACCAACUAUGACGCUCUGCAACAACAUGAUCUGAAAUUUUGGGAGUAUAUCAUCAACCUGGAGACCUUAGAAGCCAACGUGGUAACAAAGUUGGCAUCGUCCUCAGAUUUCGAUUUAAUUGCAGACAGUGGUGUCUCAGACACAUUAGAUACUUGUAGGAUAGAGAGCGUGGUGACCAAUGGAGAUUACCAACGUUACUAUGAAAAUCUUCAGGUUGUGCAGUACAGUUUUCAGCCGCACAGCACUCCCUCUUUGAGUCCAGGUAAAGUUCAGUUUCUGUGGCAUGCCCCCGGUUAUGAUGGCUCAGACUUCCCAGCGCCAUCCUGCUGGCAACCUUCUACCUCAGUUGAAUGGCAACCUUCGACAUCGGCUGCAUCAACAGUGAACCCUGGGUACCUUCUACGUCGGCUGCCUCGAACAGUUAACCCUCGGCACCUUCGACGUCGGUUGCAUACAACAGUGAACAUCGGGCACCUGUGA